AUGGAAUAUUUUGUUCCGCAAUGCCACAUUGUUAUUGAAUAGGCUGCUUUGAGAGAAACCAUUGAGCAUUAAUAGGUCUAACAAAAAGAAAUGCAGUUGGCUUAGUUAUAUAGGUAUGCAACUCAUCAUCAUUCACAUCAUCAUAAUAAUUACGUUCUAGCGUAAAGGCUGAUUUAAGAGUUGAUUUGUCACUUCAGAGACUAAAAAAUGUAUAGAUUUUUAAUAGAGUAAUAAAUAAUGUGAAAUUUUAGGUUGGUUUAAAAGUUAAUAACUAAAGCAGACAUUAUAUAAUACACUAAUAGAAAUAUCAGAAAUUUGAAACCAAACCUUGCUAGCCAAAUAGCUUCUCUAGAGUAUGCAGCUAUUACCAUUAAUAAUUUUCCAUAACUUAUUGCAUUAAGAGAUAUUAUUAUAGGGUAUUUUUAAACAACCUUCCAGACUCCUCCUUUUAUAAUAAACUAAUAUCUUAUAGAUCUAUUUAAUGAGCAAUUUAUUAAAGACAUCUACUUGACAUAGUUUAAUCAAACACAUUAAAUUCAACUUAUCAAUUAUGGGCAUCCUUAUACAACUAAUUAUUCAGCUUUCACAUUUUAUCUAUAUGAUGAUGACCUUUAUUCUCCGGCUCAAACUCAAGUAAAUACUAUUGUUGUAACUUCAUAAUACAAUUAUCAAUAACCAUCUUAAAAUCCUUAUUCAUCAUACCCACCAAAUCAACAACAAUUAAACAUGACCGAUUCACAAUAUCAAAAACAUUAAUCCCAAUAAAAUACAUAUUAAUAAUAACAGCCUUAAUAGAUAACUUACAAUAAUUAUAGCAAUUAAAGUAUCUAUGGUCAACCUUCAAAUCCAUAUUCGAGUGUUCCUCAACCAUCAAUAUAAGGCUAUUCCAAUAAUAGUCAAAAUUAAGCAAAUCCCUACUCUUCUCCUCCAUAACCACCAAUAGUAGGGUAUCAAUAGACAUCAACUUACAAUUAUAACAAUUAAACAACAGCUUAAACACAGUAGUACUAACCAGUCCCACCUUAGUCAGCUCUAAAUUAAGGUUACCCAAAUUAUUAACCUCAACCCUCAGGGUAUUAAAAUUCCACUUAGCCUCCAGGAUAUUAAAAUCCCUCAUAAAUCCCAAGUUAUUAGAAUCCCUUAUAGUCCCCAGGAUAUUAAAAUCCCUCUUAAAAUCCAGGAUAUUAAAAUCCCUUAUAGUCCCCAGGAUAUUAAGAUCCCUCUUAAAUUCCAGGAUAUUAAAAUCCCUCUUAAUCCCCAGGAUACUAAGAUCCCUCUUAAAUUCCAGGAUAUUAAAAUCCCUUAUAGUCCCCAGGAUACUAAGAUCCAUCUUAAAUUCCAGGAUAUUAAAAUACAUCUUAAACACCAGGAUAUUAAAAUACGUCUUAACCUCCAGGAUAUUAAAAUUCCUCUUAGCCUACUCAUCCUAAAUAGAUUGCCUAAUUUCCUCCGACUCAAGGAUAUUAAUAUAGUCUUCAAAAUAAUCAAGAUUAUUAAAGCUAAUAAAAUUAAGUUUAUCCUAAUUAAAUAUCACCCUCAUAUCCAAUAUAGAAUUUUAACAAUGAUCCAAAAUAGCCUGUUGAAUAAUAAAAUAAUUAUAACACAAAUCCAAAUUAACAGUACAACCCCCAAAAUCAAUAGGCUCCUCCAUAUUCUUGCGGUUAAGCUUAAUCAUAUGAAUCAAAAUAAUUGGCUACAUCCUAAUUUGCAUAAAAUGUUGCCUAAGUACCAGAUCAACCUAAAGAAUAAUAUUAGGUUAGUCUAGAUCAAAAUAAUUAAAAUACCCAAGCUCAAAUAGUAAGACAAAAUUCAAAUGUCUAAUAACCAAUACCAGAUCUAAAAUAAGCUACAUCUAUAUAUUCUCAUCCAAUCCCUAACAACAAUUAAUUAGAAUAUCAAAAUCCUUCCAAUUAGACAUCAGGAAAUCAGUAGAUGAUCCCUCCACCUCCUCCACCUCCUCCUCCCGCCUAGCAAUAGCCUUAUUAAGAGUUCUUAAAUUAAAAAAAUAUAAACGAAUAGAGUCCAGUUUCUUAAUAAGGAUCCACCAACUUUCAAAAUUCAAUUUAAAAUAAUCAACCAGCGUAGGAUGAUAAAAGCCUAUUGGAAGCAUUAUUUAUCAAUUAAAGCUUAAAAAACUUAUAACUACUUGACAAAUAAGGUGCCCCUUUAAUUGACUAAAAGCUUUCGUUUAGGAAAGACAGAGAUAUCAAAGGAUUCAAGAAUCAUGAUGAGCAUGCUUUGUACAUUUUAAAAUGUUACGUGGAAGGAAAAUAUGCACAAAAUAAAAUCGAUAGAACUGCAGAAAUGAAGAAUUUAGUAAUUUUCUGAACAAGAUGAAUUAUUUUAAAUAUCA